AUGGCAAAAGCCCUGCAGAUGAAACCAGAGGAAAUGAAGGACAUAUUCUCGGGGAACGUAAGGCAGACAAUGCGGACGAACUACUACCCUCCGUGCCCGGAGCCUGACAAAGUCAUCGGCUUCACACCUCACUCCGACGGCACUGGCCUCACCAUCCUCUUGCAGGUGAAUGAGGUUGAAGGCUUGCAGAUCAAGAAAGACGGGCAAUGGGUGGCAGUCAAGGUCCUUCCCAAUGAUUUUGUGGUCAACGUCGGUGGACAUUCUCGAGAUGAUAACCAAUGGAGUGUACCGGAGCAUCGAGCAUCGGGCGACGGUGAACUCGGAGAAGGAGAGGCUGUCGAUUGCUUGCUUCCAUUCUCCUAG